CAGGGAAACAGGAGAGGCAGCAAAMACAAAAAUCCCCGCACAAAGCAACCCCUCCCUCGGUGCAGGCAGCAGCUCCCUCAGGUGCCUUCUCAGGGAUGGCCCCGUGGGCACGCCCGGCCUCCCAGGAUAUAUAACCUGCCCCAGGAGAGAGAAACCCAGAGACAGCCCCACAGAGGUUCUUCCAAGAUGAAGGCUUUUCUCGUGCUCCUGCUGGGAGCACUCCUGUGCGUGGACUCAGGUUCAUCUUUGCAGUGCUACAGCUGCAAAUCCCAACUCAGCAACUCCAAGUGCAUGACGAAGACGGAGUGUGGCGAGAAGGACAUGUGCAAGACGGAUGUGAUCCGGGUUGUGGGUCUCUUCAGCAUCAUCAGCAAGGGAUGCGACUCCUCAUGUGAUGCAUCCUACCAGGACUUCAACGUGGGCAACAGGAACGUCUCCUGCUGCAGCAGYGACCUCUGCAACGUCAACGCCGCGGGCAACGUGAGGUCCAGCUACGGGAUGGCCGGAGGGAUAGCGGCCGGAGUGCUCUGGACCGUCCUCAGCAACAAAUUGUGAGGAGUAAAGAGGCCUCCCAUGACCACAGAAAACCUCAGAGCACCCUUCUAAUAACAGGAAUUGUAAAGAGGAGCUGGGGGUGUGUUGGUCACCCAGCACCCUGGGAGCUGAUGGCAGCUCGGUGCCGUAUGAUGGCUUCUGCUUUAAUCUCAUUGMAAAGCUCCAGUGCUACCAGAUAAGGAAAUCUGUGUUCAUGUUAUCUGCAAAACACCUCAAAUAAAGUUAUU